ACGACGGCGCCCGAUAUUUGAAGGAUGGGAGUUUGGGAGACAACAGCCAUCGUUAGCUUGGCCUUCUUGCUCAGCUGCGUGGGGAACGUUCAUGGCGAGGGUUCUGUGAGCUCCAUUAUCACCAAAUCUCUCUUCGAGGAGAUGCUGAAACAUCGGAACGAUGCUUCGUGCCCUGCGAAAGGCUUCUACACCUACGAUGCCUUCGUUAAGGCCGCCUCUUCAUUCCCACACUUCGGAACCUACGGUCAGAAUGAAACCCGUAAACGGGAGCUUGCUGCAUUCUUUGCGCAGACCUCUCAUGAAACCACAGGCGGAUGGGAGACUGCACCUGAUGGCCCUUCCUCUUAUGGCUACUGCUACAAGGAAGAGAAAGAUCCAAAGAAGGAUUACUGCGACAAGAAAGCAACGCAAUGGCCAUGCGCUCCGGGGAAACGCUACUACGGUCGAGGACCGAUUCAGAUCUCAUACAACUACAACUACGGCCAAGCUGGGAAAGCUAUAGGCAAGGAUCUCCUCAACGACCCCGAUCUGGUGUCGAAGGAUCCGGUGAUCUCGUUCAAGACGGCGAUAUGGUUCUGGAUGACACCGCAGUUGCCGAAGCCGUCGUGCCACGAUGUGAUGACGGGGAAGUGGAAGCCGUCGAAGGAGGACGAGGCUGCGGGAAGGCAUCCAGGGUUUGGCGUGACGACCAACAUCAUCAAUGGAGCACUCGAGUGUGGGCAGCACUCUAAGGCUUCCACAGACAGGAUCGAGUACUUCAAGAGAUACUGCAUGUUGCUUGGCGUGACCACCGGAGAGCAUCUUGGCUGCGGCAAGCAAAAGCCUUUUGCUUGAGCUUCCACUCAGUUAAGUCCAUGCGGAGUACCUCAAGGGGCAGUACUCUCUGUCCUAUAAGGACAUCUAUCUACAUAGAGAAUAAAAGAUGACAGAUAUGAACAUCAUGUACUGCCAUUUAAUAUGGAGAAAUCAUAUGCAUGG